UUGAACCACACCACAUAAAUAUUUUUCAAGUUUAUUUUCAAAGCAGUCCUGUAACGGUCUGGCAUCACCUUUAAAUUACACCACCGCUGUUAAAUGACUUGGUAAAGCCGCUCGGCCUCUGCAAUCUAAAUUGUCGAGUUUUGUUGUAACUAAUGUAACAAUGGAUACCCAUAACAUUCGAUUUAUUUGAGGUGGAUAGCGCUGCCAGUCAACUUUAUCAACCAGCUGAUCCUAUUCGCGUAUAAUGUGGCAACUUUGAAUCUUGAACGGAAAAUCAAUUUUUUUUCUAAAUGAGUGCCACAAUGGAACACAAAGGGCGACUGUUGCUGAAGAACUUUAGUUAAAAACGCAAACAGCCAUGCCCAGCAGUCUUUUGUUCGCUACUAGCAGCGAGGGACGCGUUCAUACGCUGUCCACCAGCUCGAGUGGAUGGCGUGAGUUUCCGUAUCUCGGUCUGGAGUUCAAGAAAAUCAGCGCAGUCCCAAAUUAUAUGUGGGCCAUUGGCGGGGAUCGUCAGGUAUACGUUCAUGUUCAUGGACUUGAUGUGCCGAUACGCGUCAAGGAGGAGUCUUACGAGAACGAGCGCUGGCUGCCCAUCGAGGGAUUUGCGAAAACGCUGCUUCCCACCGACCGCUAUAAGUACUCAAACGCUGAUGGUAGCAUUGAGAGAAGCGUGGACAAGAUACGCCUGCCCUCCAUGGCCUGGCAGUGGGACGGUGAUUGGCAUCUGGACCUAGAGCUGGACGGGCAACAGCUGGCCGAAGAUGGCUGGAUGUACGCACUGGAUUUCCCAGCCACGUAUUCAGCGAAAAAGUCAUGGAAUUCGUAUGUGCGGAGACGAAAAUGGAUCCGUUUUCGCCGUUAUGCCGCCCUUAACAGCUGGUGCGCCGUCGCACCCCUGCACAAGGACCCCACACAGGAGCCCUUCAUCGAUGUGGCCAUUGGCGGUACACAUGUGCCCAAUGCUAGAGCCGGCACACUUUGUGUCUGGGCCAUAACUGCACACGGCCGGGCCAUGUUUCGCACUGGCGUCACAGCCUUCGCACCGGAGGGCUUACGCUGGACUGCCAUUAACACACCUACCGGCAGCGAACUGGCACAGAUAAGCGUAGGACCAACGGGUCUGGUCUGGGCGGUGCUCUACAAUGGGCGUGUCAUUGUGCGUACGGGCAUAACGCGCGAUAAUCUGUCGGGAGAGGGGUGGCUGGACGUGAAGUCACCAGUUGCCACAAGUGCACCGACGGACACGCCACGUGGUCUGCGCAUUGUACAGAUUUCGGUGGGCACAGAUGCAGUCUGGUGUAUUACAAACGAUAACCAUGCCUGGUUUCGACGUGGCAUUAAAGGGGAUGCAGCGGGCAUUAGCGAGGAUGCCGCCAUAGGCAGAGGCUGGGUGGAAAUGGUUGGAAAUCUCUCGAUGAUCUCAGUGGCACCCAAUGAUCAGGUGUUCGCGAUUGGUGCUGCAGACCGCGCUAUUUACUACCGAUCUGGCGUUAGCGCCGCCGAUCCCACCGGCAAGAAAUGGAUGAAGAUCCAAUGCUCAAUGCAAAUCAGUCGCUCCUCCAGUUCCUUGUCAAUAGUUUCACGCAAAAGUGGCGGCAGCAGCUCAACGCCCGGCUCCAAACAUCAAAGCUUCUCCAAUCUCUACUUGAAGGAAAAGGAAAAGGGCGUUGUGGAAACGUGCGCAGUCAUCGAAACAGUUACCACGCACAGCAACGGCUCAUCGAACAAUGGCCUGAACAGUCGUUUGAAAAAUGAGCGCUGGAAGCUGAAUGCCGACUCACCGCCCACCAUUGGCAGUCUCAAUCUGAACGAGCGUCAGAAGCAUCGGGCCACAGCAUUGCGCGAACCCUUGGCGCACGCCUCCAGUGCGCCAGCCGCUGAGGUUGCGGAGAUCAGCGGCAAAUUUGAGACGCAGCUGAAAAAUCCGCGUGCCUGGUCGCCGGUGCGUAGUGUUGGAUCUGUUGUUGGCACCGAAGCUCAUCCGGAGAGUGAUUCGGCUGUCUUUGAGUCGGAAUCUGCACAUGGCUCCGAUGCGUUCCUAGGGGAAGACGACGAUCACAAUGGCUCGCAAUUUUGGACUGAGUGUGCGGUCAUGUGGAGCUGUGUGACCACGGGCGCCGUCACUGUGGAUGCCAACAACAUUCCCAACUGGUUUAACGAGCAUCACAAUGAUGGUGGUGCCGAUGCGAAUCCCAAUUGGCGCAACGAUAUACUCCAGAAACUGAAGCAGCGCCAGCAGACCGUCGCCAAGCUGCAGCAGGAAACACAUUACGAAAAGGCAGUCGAGCUCACAUCUUGGAUUAAAACGGCGGACGCUCGCUAUCAGCAUCCAGCUGGCGACUACGAAGACUGCGUCAUUGAGCUGGAGUGGGUCAGCGGCAACUGUGGCGACAGCACAGAGAAUGACUCCGGCACCUUCACGGUGCUCAGCCCUGAUGGUGCCGCAACCAAAAUACAAUUCGCACUCUCCGACAUCACGUGCGUGCAGUGCUGCAGCGAGCCGGGUGCACCGCGUCUGGCCAUACAUGCGAUGCAUUUGCGCGUUAAUUGCAGCCCGGUCAAACUGCAAUUCACCAGUGAUGCGGACAUGGAAGAUUGGCUAUCGCACCUGUCCUCAGUGUGCAGUCAAAUCAAUAUGCUAAUGGGCAAGCCAGCAAGCAAUGCCAUUUGGCUGACCAGCGAACUAGGUGAUGUAUUUGUCUUUGACGCCGCCAACAUGAAAGCACAACAGCUGCAAAAAGACUCCAACGGACAAGCUCAUUAUGUGGAGCGAAUGGAUGUGUCCACGUGUGAGACACCCUACUACAACACCCUCUAUAAUGGGAUGCCUUGUGGCAGCGAGCUGGAGAUUUCGGGCUGUGUCUACGAUGAUGCCGAUCAGAUUCGCUUCGAUUUGCAGUGCCAUUCAAAUAUUAAAGCAAUGCCGCAUCGUGUGGAAAAAUUUCGAGUAAUUGCGAUGCAUUUGAAUCCGCGUUUUAAUGAGCGCACAAUUGUGCUCAACUCCAUGAUAGACUCGGAGUGGCUCGAGGAAAUACGUAACGAUCGUAUGGUAUUUGCGCCAGGUGCGAGCUUCACGGUAAAAAUCAGGGCACUUCAGAAUCAAUAUCAGAUUAUUGUGAACAAUGCGCUCUACACAGAUUACAAAUAUCGGACUGAUCCGGCGGCCGUCACGUGCCUCUAUGUGAGUGGGCGUGUCAAGCUGUUCAAUGUGGAGUAUCGUUCGCCAUCGCUAAUUGUCUCAAUGCAGCAGAUGCACUGGCGCCAAAUGGGCGGUCAUGUCAAGCGGGUGUAUAACAGCGGCGUCGAUGUCGUCUGGGGUAUAUCCUGUGAUAAUACAGCUUGGGUAUACAACGGUGGCUGGGGCGGCAUGUUCCUGAAGGGGCUGGAAGGCUCCGGCAAAAUAAAUCCCAUGAUUGACACGCACACCUACUAUGUGUAUGAGAAUCAGCGCUGGAACCCCAUCAGCGGUUUCACUGCCAAGAGUUUGCCCACAGAUCGGCACAUGUGGAGUGAUGCAAGCGGGCGACAAAAACGCAGCAAGGAGCACACCAAGCUGCUAUCCACGCACUGUGAAUGGAUAUCGGAUUGGGCCAUCGACUACAAUAUACCCGGCGGUGCGGACAAGGAAGGUUGGCAGUAUGCAAUCGACUUCCCGGCCAGCUAUCAUGCACAAAAGAAGCUGACGGAUUGUGUUCGGCGGCGACGUUGGAUGAAAAAAUGCCGCCUCAGCAGCAGUGGACCUUGGCAGGAGCUCAGCCAUUCCAAGAUACUCGAUGCCGCAUUGCAAGUGCUGGACAGUGAUGUGGACAAAGCAUUAAAUGUCGAGGAUAUGCCCGUAGCUGCUUGGGCCGUUGCCUCAAAUGGCGAUGUGUUAAUCAGGCAUGGCGUUUCCACAAUGAAUCCACGCGGUGACACCUGGGAGCACAUUGUGAGCGACCAGCCAUUGAUUGGCAUAAGUGUGGGGCCCACAGGUCAGGUCUGGGCGGUUGCUCGCAAUGGUAUGAUCUUCUUUCGCUAUGGCAUCAAUAAGGUGAAUCCCUGCGGUGACGCCUGGCAACAGGUGGAGGCACCUUCUGGCAUUACCUUCAAGGCUAUUAGUGUGGGCCGCGCUGGUAUUUGGGCAUUGGACAAUCAGCAACGGCUGGCAGUGCGUAAGGAGGUAACACGUACAUUUCCGGAAGGAUCACAUUGGCAAUUCCUUCCAAAUGCUGCCAAUGUGCCGCCGCACACAGAAGCUCACUGCGGUUUUCGGUCCGUAUCUGUGGGCAAAGAGGUGUGGGCCAUUUCCCUCAAUGGCAUCAUUUGCCGUCGAUGCGGCAUAACCAGUGAGAAUCCUGCCGGUGCCGGUUGGAACUUGGGCAUUGCGGGCCAGUGGCAACAGUUAUCCCUGGAGGGAUAUAUGUAACCAUCGCAUUCCGUUUUCAGUAUUUAUAUGUAUACUCUGCACCCAGAGUGGAUACAUGCAUAUGUUUGAUAUACCUUAACCUUUAAGACGAACAGUGGCUAGUAACGCGGGAAAGCUCAGGACUCUUGCAGCUGGUGUAGCCAAAACUUCAGCUGCUUGAUAACUGGAUGCAGAGUAUAAUAGUCUAACUAACUUGACUGCAGCAUACUUCCUUUUUCCAUUAUAAUAUGAAAUGCUUAAACAUCAGCUUAAUUGUAUUGAGCGUAUUUUAUUUCCAGAA